AUGUGCUUUAAACAGAAAAUGCAAAAGAAGCGUGUGAACCAAAUAAGCGAAGACAAAACCACAUUGGUCGAAGAAUUGUUCAAAGUGGAAAUAUAUGGCGAAGUGCACAACAUAGGUAGAAAGAUCGAAUGUAAACUGUCAGUGAAUAAUGUGCAAAUUUCGUUUGAGGUGGACACAGGGUCCCCUGUUUCGAUAAUCAACUUGGAAGAUGCCAAAAGAAACUUCGCAAAAUCGCAAUUAAAAGAAGCUAAAAUACAGCUUGUGAGUUAUUGUGGCACACCUUUGGAAUGUUUAGGUUACAUUUGGGUACGCGUUGCGGACAAGUUGAGUGAUAAAAUGCUAAAAUUGUAUAUCGUGAGAUCAGAUCGUAGACCACUUCUGGGCCGGGAAUGGCUGCGUGAAAUAAAAGUCGACUGGAACGAUAUACUGAGCAGUGAAACGUACACCGCGUCGCGUAUUAACCAAAUUGAAGAUAGUAGCAAAACGUGCAAAAUAGAAAACUUGCUUAAAAGAUAUCCCAAUUUGUUUUCCAAAACUACGGGGAAAAUUCGCGAUUUACAGGCUCGACUGUACGUAAAACCAAAUACAACAACGAAAUUCGUUAAACACAGACGAGUGCCUUUUCCUUUAUUGGAAGCCGUAGAGCGUCAACUAGACGAACAAGUUGCGGAGGGACUUCUUAAGAAGGUGGAAACAAGUGAGUGUGCCACACCGAUCGUUGUAGUACACAAGAAAGGUGGCAAUAUACGAAUAUGCGGCGACUAUAAGGUAACCCUUAAUCCAGUAUUACUAGUCGACGAGCAUCCUUUGCCAACAGUGGAUGAACUUUUUAGCAAGAUGGCUGGAGGGCAAAAGUUUUCAAAAAUUGACUUGUCCACAGCAUAUUUGCAAUUAGAAAUCCACCCGGAAGACCGACAUUUACUCACACUAAGCACGCAUAAGGGGUUAUACGAACCCACUCGAAUGAUGUACGGAAUCGCAAGCGCUCCGGCAAAAUGGCAACGUGUAAUGGAACAAUUACUAAGCGGUAUCCCCGGGGUGUCAGUAUUUUUUAGACGAUAUUAA